AUAGCAGUCGCCAUUACAUAUGCCUUAGCGAAUUCGCUCUUGUGAAAGAAAUUGAUUGUGUCAAACAAUCGCGCGCGCGUUUCAUGAUAAUUUAAGAUGAGUAGUUACUCUUAAGAAUUUUUAUUGUAUUUUAAGAUGGCUCCUCCUAGAAAAAUAAUUAAGAGACAGUUGGAAAUAUUAGUAGAUUAUCUAGAAGAAAAUAAGGAUAUAUCAGGAGGCGCACCAUUUUCGCCGAUAGGCCUUCAUGCAGCUAAAGUAAAAUGGACUAUUGUAGCCAAAAAAUUAAAUGCAGUUGAAAAUGGUGCACAAAAAUCACCCGAUGGGUGGAAAAAGUAUUGGUUUGAAUGGAGGCAUAAGUGUAGAAAAAAGGCUGCAAAUAUACAACAAAAUCAAUUAAACUCUUCAGGUGGCUCCCAGAAAGUAACACUCAAUGAUAUAGAGGUGAGAGCAUUGAAUAUCAAUAGUAAAGCGAGCGUGGAACCCAGUAUACCAGCAAAAAAGUUAGAAAUUUUCCUUUCUGAAGAUUCUGAUUCCGAGCACCAACUAAGAAUUGUUGAAGAUCUAGAUACAAAAGAUAUGAAACCUACGAAACGGAGACUGAUGACAGAAAAUGUAACCCGUGUUGGUACACCCCCACCGGAGUGGGCAAUGGACUUGGAAGACCGAAGAAUUGCAGCAGAGGAGCGAAUUGCAAAAGCUCUAGAGUCAAUUGCAAGUAUGAUGCGAGUACAGGAAGAGAGAAGAAGCACAAUAGAAGAAAGAAUAGUUGAAACAUUAUCAUCUAUAGCUGAUAACCUGCAUGCACUUAACUGUCGCGUAAAUCAAAAAAAUUCUUUGCAGCAAGUACAACAAAUAAAUCAUGAACAAACAGAAACAUCUUCUAUGAAAGAUGUGAUAUUUCUUUAAAUUAAAAGAAAAAUAUUGAAACUGGAUGUAAAGUUUUUUAAGAACUUCUCUUAAAAUAUAAGAAGCCUACAGUGAACUAUCGGCUAACGCACGGGUUACAUUUUUAGCCCCCCCCCCCCAUUCGAAAACCAUAUAUGUCCAGUUUUGCAGACCAUUUGGUGCCCCUUUGUGAGUAGCGCCCGGGGCAUGAUGCCGCCCUUGCCCCCCCACCCCUCUCGUUACGCCACUGGAAGCCAAAUUAAGGAACAUACAUAAAUGUGUAAACAGAAAUUGUAGUAGUUGGCAGUUAAGCUUAUUUCAGACUGCUAUAUUUGCUAUAUUUUACAGCAUUAAAAGUCAUAAAAAAGCUUUUCUAUAUACUAUUAUGUUCACAUUAUGUAUGGAUCAUGUCUGGAUAUAUUGUUUCGCCUGACUACUUGCAAGAAGGGAUGAAGAAAAAAAAUAAGAGGAAAAUAUAGGAAGCCAAUAAUAUAUAGAAUUUUUAGUAGAAUAUUAUUUAAAUAAAUGUAUGGCAACCGGUAUUGUUUUACAAGGAACUUUAUAGUAUAUGCUAUUAUUUUAUAGUGUAGCCUAAAAUUAGCUGUUGUAAUAGCUAAUAGCUAGAUGCACAUUUUUAACAUACUUUUACUUAUAAACUACUAUUUGCUUGUCGACCGAGUAAUUCAAAAUUUUAUAAAAUUGUUUAGAGUCAAUAAGUUUUAUGAUUUUGAAUAACGUGAUCUCAUUAAAAUAAGAAAAUUAAAAUAUGUUCAAGAAGGACUAAUAACAUGUUCGUGAAUGUUUUCUAUUCAUAAAAAGUCAAUUUUACAAUAAAAAUUUAUUACAAACAA